ACAUCUCAUGCACGCCGAUCACACAUUGGACUUGCACUGGUGCUUGCUCAUAAUUACUAGUUCAUCAGCAAACAACAAACAAUGGCACCGAGGCUAGCGUGCCUCCUAGCUCUGGCCAUGGCAGCCAUCGUCGUGGCGCCGUGCACGGCCCAGAACUCGCCGCAGGACUACGUGGACCCGCACAACGCGGCGCGCGCCGACGUGGGCGUCGGGCCGGUGUCCUGGGACGACACCGUCGCCGCGUACGCGCAGAGCUACGCGGCGCAGCGCCAGGGCGACUGCCAGCUGAUCCACUCCGGCGGGCCCUACGGCGAGAACCUCUUCUGGGGCUCCGCCGGCGCCGACUGGUCGGCGUCCGACGCCGUGGGCUCCUGGGUGUCCGAGAAGCAGUACUACGACCACGACACCAACAGCUGCGCGGAGGGGCAGGUGUGCGGCCACUACACGCAGGUGGUGUGGCGCGACUCCACCGCCAUCGGCUGUGCCCGCGUCGUCUGCGACAACAACGCCGGCGUCUUCAUCAUCUGCAGCUACAACCCGCCGGGCAACGUCGUCGGCGAGAGCCCCUACUAGACUGUCAUGCAUACUACAAUUAUAUAUUUAUAUACGCUUAAUAUUAAUUUCAGCAUGCAUGCAUAUUAUAAAUAGUGUUGUCAACUCUGUAUAUCAUUAUAUUACGAUGAUUAUAUUGUUGAUGAACAUAAUAAGUCAAUAAAACCAUGCAGGCGAUUUGUGAGCC